AUGCGCCAGUCGCGCGUGCCGACCGCCUCGCAGAUCGAGAACCCUCCUCCGCCAUUGUCCACAACCAAGACCGGCCGAUGGAUGGGCAAGGGUGGCUUCGGGCACGCCUUCCGCAAGAACGCCGCCGGCGCUUUUGGACCCGACCUUGCGCGCAAACUCUCACAGCUGGUGAAGAUGGAAAAGAACGUUAUGCGCAGUAUGGAAUUGGUCGCCAAGGAGCGCAUGGAGACUGCGCAACAACUCUCCAUCUGGGGUGAGAACUGCGACGAGGACGUGUCGGAUGUCACCGAUAAGAUUGGUGUUUUGCUCUACGAGAUCGGAGAGCUGGAGGACCUCUACGUCGAUCGCUACGACCAGUACCGUGUGACCAUCAAAAGUAUCCGCAACAUUGAGGCGUCCGUGCAGCCUAGCCGGGACCGCAAGCAGAAGAUCACCGAUGAGAUCGCCAAGCUCAAGUACAAGGACCCCAACUCGCCCCGUAUCGUGGUCCUGGAGCAGGAGCUGGUUCGCGCCGAGGCUGAAUCGCUUGUGGCCGAGGCUCAGCUCUCCAACAUCACCCGCGAGAAGCUCAAGGCCGCCUUCCAGUACCAGUUCGAUGCGCUGCGCGAGCACUCCGAGAAGGUGGCCAUCAUCGCGGGUUAUGGCAAGCACCUCUUGGAUCUCAUCGACGACACCCCCGUCACCCCCGGUGAAACCCGCACUGCGUACGACGGAUACGACGCCAGCAAGGGCGUGAUCCAGGACUGCGAAGAGGCCCUGGCCAACUGGGUCACCUCCAAGGCUUCGGUGAAAUCCAGCCUGUCCACUCGUACUCGCACCCUUUCGCAGCGCCAACGCGACAACGUCGCCAAGAACCGAGAAGGCGUUGAUCUGUCGGGUCAGGACCAGCCCCUGAGAGGUGACCGGGACUCGUGGUUGCCUGCCGACCAGCACCAGACCUACCACGACGUGGAAGAUGGCGAGGAAGUGACCAGCACCCUCGACGGCGAGCCCCGGGGUCGAGAAGAAGAGCGUGAGCCUGUCCAGGUUUAA